AUGGCCUUCCUUCAGCGUCUACUGUCACUGUCCCGGGCAGCCUCGCCGGUAUCCCUCGUCUUGACCGGAGUGGUACUCUGGGUUGCCUAUGGUCUUGGACUGGCCAUGUACCGGUUGUUCCUCAGCCCUAUUGCACAUUUCCCUGGCCCCAGACUGGCCGCUGUGACCUUUUGGUAUGAAUUCUACUACGAUGUCAUCCUCGGCGGCCAAUAUACCUUCCGGAUCAUGGAGCUUCACAAGCAGUACGGUCCAGUGGUGCGCAUCAACCCGUACGAACUGCAUUUCUACCCUCCGCAGUUCUAUGAAGAGAUCUACGCCGGUCCGACCCGCCGCCGCGAUCGCUGGGAGUACUACACAAAAGGCUUUGGGAUGCCGGGGGCGGGGGCCAGCACCAAUCCACAUGACUUGCACAAGGCACGACGGGCGGCAUUGAGUCCAUAUUUCAGCAUGCAGAGUGUGCGCAGGCUGCAAUCGGUCAUUGAAGAGAAGGCCGAUUUGUUGAUGACGAGGUUCAAACAGCUUGGACAGUCGGAGCAGGGUCACAGAACGCCCGUGAAUUUGGAAAUCGCCUUUGCCGCGUAUGCAUACGAUGUCGUGGUGGAAUACUCGUUUGCCAGAAGCGACCAUCAUCUCGAGGCCGAGGAUUUUGAGCCGUGGAUGCACCAUGCGGCCAUUGGGACGAGUUCUCUCGGACAGAUUGCCAAAAACAUGUACUGGUUCUUCUGGCUCAUUCUGCAUAUUCCAGACUGGCUGGCGAGGAGACUCGACCCAAAUGCAAGUCGAUACCUACAAUUCAAACGAGACAUCAACAUGCAAAUCGAAAACAUCCGGUCCGGUCUCGAUACUUCACACAAGACGGCCUCACACCCGACCAUCUUCCACGAAAUACUGCACAGCUCGCUACCCGAGACCGAGAAGCGCACAUCACGCCUCGCCGACGAGGGUGCCACGGUGGUCAGCGCAGGGACAGUGACCACGGCAUGGACACUGCCCGUCACGGUAUUUUAUCUACUUUCCAGUCCCGAUAUUCUGCGCAAAUUGAAAGACGAACUCUACGAGGCCAUCCCCGACCCGACCAAGUCUACGCCGCUGCCUGAGCUCGAACGACUGCCUUAUCUCACGGGUGUGAUUCAGGAAGGCCUGCGGCUGAGCUACGGUAUCUGCACGCGGUUGGAGCGCAUCGCCCCGGAUGAGACGCUGGUAUUUAGCGACGGCGAAACGCAAUGGAAGAUCCCCCCCGGCACCCCGAUGUCCAUGACCUCCAUGUUGAUCCAUCAGAACCCGGAGAUCUUUCCGAACCCGUUCGAAUACCGACCCGAACGGUGGAUUGAAACCCCUCGAUUGGACAAGUAUCUCAUCGCCUUCUCUAAGGGCAAGAUGCAGUGUCUAGGGAUCAACCUGGCUUACGCCGAAUUGUAUCUCAUGCUGGCGAAGCUGUUCCGCAUAUAUGGCAGCAAGGAAGUCCGGUUUGACGGCGACAUUGGCCGGUUGCAGUUGUUCGAGACGACAUUGAAAGACGUCCAAGUCGCUGAGGACCGAUUCAUCCCGUUACCACACCGAGACAGCAAAGGCGUACGGAUCGUGGUGGAAGCUUUCUAG